GCGCGCGCGCCUGCUCAGUGCGUGCUGGCCCGGCGGUACGGUGCCGGCUUCCACGGCGACUUCCGAACCUCUGUACGCCUUGUCCGGGCCGGUUGUGGGGGGGAUGGAGCCGGUGGGCGGCGGCGGCGGUCGCCACCUGCCCUCCGCAGACCCACGAAGCACCUUCGUGUUAAGUAACCUAGCAGAGGUGGUGGAGCGUGUCCUCACCUUCCUGCCAGCCAAGGCGUUACUGCGGGUGGCCGGCGUGUGCCGCUUGUGGAGGGAGUGUGCGCGCAGGGUGCUGCGGACCCAUCGGAGUAUGACCUGGAUCUCCGCGGGCUCGGCGGGUGCCGGCCACCUGGAGGAGCAUUGCCUGGUCCGCGUCGUAGCCGAGGAGCUCGAGAAUGUCCACAUCUUACCACGGACAGUUCUUUACAUGGCCGAUUCAGAAACUUUCAUUAGUCUGGAAGAGUGUCGUGGCCACAAGAGAGCAAGGAAAAGGACCACAAUGGAAACAGCAUUUGCCCUUGAGAAACUAUUCCCGAAACAAUGCCAAAUCCUUGGAAUUGUGACCCCAGGAAUUGUAGGAAGUUCCUGUGUGCCCUUUUCCUGUGACAAAUCAAAAACUCCAGAGACUGAUGAGUCUCUAAAACGAAAGGGCUCACUGACCCUUUGCAGACGUAGCCGGAAUGAGGACUGCUAUUUUUUAAUUGCUGCUCUUCAUUUCUCUGCAGGUCUUUUAGAUAACCCUGAGCUUCGUGUGGUCCUUGUUUUUGGCUAUAACUGCUGUAAGGUGGGAGCCAGUAAUUAUCUACAGCGAGUAGUCAGCACUUUUAGUGAUAUGAACGUCAUCUUGGCUGGAGGCCAGGUGGAUAACCUGGCAUCACUGACCUCGGAAAAGAACCCUCUGGAUGUUGAUGCCACUGGAGUGGUUGGGCUGUCGUUCAGUGGACCCCGAAUCCAGAGUGCCACGGUGCUUCUCAGUGAGGACGUCAGCGAUGAGAAGGCGGCGGAGGCCGCGGUGCAGCGCCUCAAAGCCGCAGGCAUUCCUGAACGGGACACUGUCGGUUUCAUGUUCGCGUGUGUGGGUAGGGGCUUCCAGUACUACAGAGCUAAGGGGAAUGUUGAGGCUGAUGCGUUUAGGAAGUUUUUUCCUAGUGUUCCUUUGUUUGGCUUCUUUGGAAAUGGAGAAAUUGGAUGUGAUCGUAUAGUCACUGGGAACUUUAUUCUGAGGAAAUGUAAUGAGGUGAAGGAUGCUGAUCUGUUUCACAGCUAUACAACAAUUAUGGCGCUGAUCCACCUGGGCUCAGCUAGAUAAAGCCCCCUAUAAAGGGGCUUUCACAUUAUGUGACUUUUGGGCUCUGCCUUUUCCAGAAAGUGGAAACCUGGGAAAUGUAUAUUUCAAACAAAAAUAACUUUAUAGGUACCUGUUUUUAGCUUUGAUGCUCUAAAGAUUACACUGGGGGUAGUUUUUAAGUAUUCGAUGGACAACUUUGUACAUAACAGUGCAGACCAAGAGUUGAGAGCUUUUGUAUCAGGCACAAGUAAACUGAUUAUGGCUAUAUUGCACCAGAUUAUGUAGCUGCUGUGAAAUGUGACUUUAAAUGGUCCUCUGCUGAGGGAGACUGAAAGAGGGCUCAGCAGGGUGAAGACGGAAGGCGCCCCAUGACUACCUCUGCAUUGUUAGAUCUUUUAGCAGAAUCGUGAUGACAUUUUUCUCUCCUAAAGAAGGAGAAAAAUACACAGAUGGCUUGAGAAAUCUUUCUGCUUUACAAUUUUACCAGUUUUUCCAGAAGCUGUAACAAAAUACUUUUUACUUAUUUGAUAAAAAUUAAAGAACUAUUUUUCUUUUAGUAUUCUAAAGUUGUUUAGUCUAAUAAAUUCCCCAGAUUAACAGUAUUUUAUUACUUCUUAAGGAAAAAAAUCUGCCUUUUCCCUUAAUUAAGAAAUUGUAAGAGAAAAUCCUUUUUCGUUCACCUACUGGUAUGUAGCUGAUUAGCAGGCCAGACAAUUAUAUCACCUUAUUUCAGUUUUAUACCAAGAAAAUGUACCCUGGAAACUCAUUCAGGUAGUAUUUGUAUUUCAUUGCUUUUGGUAAGUGACUAAAGGAAGUAAACUAAUCAUGUGUAAAAGAAAACCCAGAAUAGGGGGUAUUUGUCAGCCAGUAAAUAAGGUUUGAAUUCCUCAUUAUGCAAAUAUCUAAAUGAGAUGUGCAGAGAACACCGAUUUUCCCCCAAUAUCUAUUCUUUCCAUUUCACAUAGUGAUAGAAGUUUUGGUUUUUAGCUCAAUGCAUACCUUCCCGGUCUCCCUUGCAUGAAUGAAUGUUCUGGUCAAGAAAUGUGAAGUGUCCUUGAUAAUAGUGUGCCUGUUUUUUUGCCUGUUCUUAGUCCUUUUGCUUGGAAGUGGAUCUGGUAGUUUGUCAUCUUAGACUCUACAGAAGGGACAAUACUCAGUUGUGGAAGAGACCACACAAAAUGAUCCUGGGUCAUUGUACAAUUUUGUUGAAGUGCUACCAUAACUGUUGUGGACUGCCUACCUCCACACUGGUUUACAGACAGAAAUUUAACAUCAUUCUUCCCUUAGUCACUUUUUUUUCCAGGUCUUCGUUAAAGGAUGUCUUUAUAUUACCAUAUUCUGCCUAAUACAGUAUAACUAAUGGAUGACACUUGUGUAAUGGCCACUUAACAGGCAGUAGAAUACUUGCAAGUAAUCAAAUAUAUUGUCAUUCCUACUUUUUUAAAUCACUUUUCUCCCAAUUUUUACCUCAAAAGAUUUUUCUCUUAAUGUUUUAUAAAUGAUAAAAAUACUUUAAAUUUUCCUUUAUAUUAUGAUUAUUCUAAAUAUUUGUUCCUGAAGAAAGUCCAGAGAAGAGUUUGUCAUAGAACUUUUAAAAUGUGAAUAUUAAUAUUUAGCCAUUAAGGUAUUAUUUGACACUGGUACUCAUUAUCAAGUAGACAACACCUCAAAAUUUAAGUUCUUAGAUAUGCUUACAUAGCACACAGGAACAUACUUUGUAAAUUUUCUUUGUCCCUGAUAUUAAGCAGACUUGGCUGAAGAGAAGAAAAAACUAUUUUAAAAACUGAAAAGAACAAAUGAGUCUAAGGAUUGAAUGCAUUUAAUUUUUCAAAUUAAUACUCAUAUAAAAUGUUAUUUCCCAAAGGAGUCUACUGCAGGUCAUCUCAAUACAAUAUUUGAUGUUAAUGUAGGAUUCCUUUUUAUAGCUGAGCCUUUGGGGCUUGUUACGAACAAUAUAUUCGUUUUGCCACAAGGUUGUAACCUUGGUGCAGAACAGAAAGGGGGAAAAGUUGACCCACUAAAAAAUAAGGCUAGUACUGAUGAAGACAAAAGUCAUCCACCCUUCCUUUCAGAGGCCUUGAAGUUUAAUAGUAAUGUAACCAAAGUUAGAAUGGAAUAAUUUAUUACAAUUUUGAACAGCUUAACUUAAAAGCAAGCAUUAAAGGAAUAAUGACUGUUUUAGCUUAAAACAUACCAAAUUCUUAGAAAUGGCAACCACUGUAGUUAUUUGUGAAAUUGGAAAAUGAUUACACAUGGAGAAAUUGAUGUGAGCAGAAAGGAGAUGUGCCUUUAAUGUCUUCACACUCAACUGCCUUCUCUCAAGUGAUGAUCAGAUUGAUAGGAUGGUUUAUUUAAUCCAGACAUUUAAAAAUACUAAUUUCCUUAACAUGCUUUCCAAGCAAAAUCUGGCUGCAGCUGCAGUUUGCUUUGUAAAAAGGCUGCUUCAAGGAAUAUAUUUCCAUUUCCUUUCAUCCAAGUGGAACUGAACUUCUUACAAACCAAGCAGCAAUCUAAGGAAGAGGAGGGAAGGUGGGUCUUGGGUUGAGACUUAGAAACACACGUCCUGCUGCUGACAGAAUCGAUGGUCUGUGACCUGAACUAGUGAGGGGGGUCUGGUAGGCCACUCCACUAUUUCAAUUCUCUCAGCUUUGCUUAAACCUGGAUUUUUGGCAAACAUACCACCUUUUUCACCUACUGAGACCAGAUAGCAAAAAAUUUGCCACUGGUUUAUAUUGCAAAUUUAACACAAUGAACAUGCAAAUAAUUUUAAAAACUUUUAAAAAUCUGAGAAUUUUCUCUGCAUUCUGCAGAAAUUUGAGAAUAAAUAAGUCACUGCUGUCUUGUGUGUCUACACAGUAUAACCGAGGUUAGCACUACCAUAAGUUCAAUUUUAAUGGAAAGAGAAGACUGUAAAUCAUCGUGAUUGGAAAUUGUGAGAUCUUUAGGUGACUGACUUGAUUUUCAUUUGUAGAAACUGAGCAUGUGUCUGCUUAGUGAAAAUCCUAAAAUAACAAAAACAGCAUUAGUAAUAAAGUCCUUGUUAAAUUAACAAAAUACAUAGCCUAUGUAAAGAAUGUGUUACCAAAAAGUAAUUUAAUACUGGCCUUGUAUAGAGAAGUCACAUAUUUGCAAGACAUGUUAUUUUUGUUUUAUGUAUUUCAUUUCUGCCCUAUACCACAACUUAGGUAACUAUAUGUGCCUAUAAAGUAGAAAACAUUCACAGAAGCCAACAAACUUCAUUUCAUGUUUUGGUACUAAGAGUAUGUGGGGGAUUUUCAGUUUAUAAGCAGUUUGUGUAAAAAUUAUUGUUCCUUAGUGACUGUCAUCACAGCCAGUAAAGGCAAGAUUGAGAAUUAGAAGAAAUGAGAAUAUAUAUUCAUUAGCUUGAAUCUUAAAUACAAAUGAGCAGAACAAGGAGAAUUUUGAGACCAUUUUCUUAAUAGCUGCACAAUAUUUCGAAGUCUGACCAAAACUCAGUCACCAUACGUGUAUCUGAAACCCACUCUUUCAAGAUCUUGUCGUAAUACUAGAAUUACAGACAGGAAUAAAACACAGCUGACCUGUGUGACCCCAGCAGUAUGGUGGGCUAGGACACUCUAAGCUCAUGUCCCCCCCAAAACAUGGAAGGGAGGAGAAGCAACGGUAUGAACCAGCGUUACUGAAGCGCUGGAAAACAGUCAAAGAUUUCCAGCAACCAAGAGCGUGCCCAGAAUAGAAAAACCAUCUUCAAAGUGGUAUGAAAGUUUUGUGAUGUUUUUACUUGCCCUUGCCCAGCGCUGGCAGCGGCAGGCUUAUUCUUAAAAGUGGCAGAAGCUUACCCCCCUAUACAGAAUUUUAUUGUUGUUAACAACCAUUUGAUCAAUAAAUAUGAGAGAUGCCCUCUCAAAAA